GAGUGUUGUUAUGAUUAGAUUUUUUUGACUGUCGAUCGACUCCGCCGCCACCCUGAAGUUCAUUGUUAUUAUCUUGGCCGCCGGCAUGGUGGCCUUCAUUGGCGCGGUUAUCUGCAUCAUCGCAGCCGUCCACACCGGAAGCACCAAGGCGGCACGGCAGCAACCGGCAGCCGACAACCGCUCGCUUUACGUGGCUGGCGCGACGCAGGCCACCGCUACCCGGGGCUCGGCUGCCAGGGCUGGAAGCCUGGGUGCUCUCCACGGUUCUGAAGUGCCUGAAUCCGAAGCACCGACUUUUCACGUCGGACUCGACGGUCUGGACGGAGUCACUGGACUGACUGGGCACGACCCAGUUGUCAGUCGACUCAUAUGCACCCCGAUUCCCGUUGGGGAGUGCAACCCGAAAAACUUUCAGCAACAAGCAGACGACCCGUCGUUAUACGCCGGAGAGGACUGGGGGUACCUCCGCACCACUGCAGAUGAGCUCCGGCAGACCGUCCUGCAACAGAGAGCGCAAAUACAAACGGACCAGCGGACCAUCAGGGAGCUGACAGGCAAACUAUCUGAGUGCGAGAAGGGGGUGAAGAGUCGUGGUGGCGUCGCCCCCGACAGAAGCGGGGGUGCUGUGGGGAUAUGGGGAGGCAAAAGCCCAGCAGAGGGGGCACACUCGGAGCGGGUCAUGGUGCGGGACAGCCCUGCGUCAGCACCUGAGCCCGUGCUCACGCUACGGGCUGUGGAUGAGCUGGAGCGGGCCAUCAGUCAACUCAAAGACCGCAUCGAGAGACUGGAGGCAGACAUCAAUCUAUUCCCCCACAACCAGACGGACCUAAACACCUCAGCAGUGGUGGACGACAGCAGCAAAUCUGGUGGCCCAGAAAGUGUAGUUGGGCACAAAGCUGGUGCAGAGAGACCCUGGAGGAUGGAGGACUUGGAAUGGGAGCUCGAAAGGAAGGUGGAGCUGUUGGAGAAAGAGAGAAAAGCCUUGAGGCUGGAAACAGAAAGACACAGACAGGAAAUGGACCAGGGAAUCAACAAGCUACACCAGAGACUCUCAGGGCUGGAGGAAGGUAAAUACUGGAUUAAUAAAUCGGAGGGCUACAGACUGUCUUUCCCGUCCCGUACAAACUACAUGUACGCUGUGGUGAAACAGUCCAUCCCGAAAUUAACGGCCUUCACCUUGUGCCUGUGGCUUCGGCCCACAGAAGGAGGCAUCGGAACACCCGUUUCCUAUGCUGUUCCUGAGCAACCCAAUGAACUCGUGCUGCUCCAAGGCCUGCGUACGCCCACUGAGCUGCUUAUCAAUGACAAGGUGGCACGAUUACCUCUGAACAUUUCUAGAGGCAACUGGCAGCACGUCUGUGUGAGUUGGAAUCAAAAAGGAGGAGAGUGGCAGGCCUACCAAGGGGGGAAGCUGAGGGGAGAAGGCCAUGGACUAGCAGCCGAUCAUGACGUUAGACCUGGGGGGGUGUUAAUCCUGGGUCAAGAGCAGGAUUCCCUAGGAGGAGGCUUUGAUUCAACUCAAGCUCUAGUUGGAGAGCUGUCCCAGAUGGCUCUUUGGAACAGAGUCCUCUCUGCUGACCAGGUGGCCAGCUUGGCUCGCUGUGGAAUGCUGACCCAGGACAGCGUGGCUCCUUGGAUUGAGCACGGCGUGGAGGUUUACGGUGGAGCCGCCAAGUACCCCGGGGAGCCUUGUAGUAAACACAGCCACCUCUCUAAGUGA